AUGGUGAACGCGGAUUCCUCCGCCCUGUCAUCCAGCAAGAAAUUGAAGGGAACGGCGGUAAACAAGUUGACUGGCGACUUCUUUACCACUGCACUUAUCAGGAUUUGGGAAUCAUUAAGGUGGCUCAGAGACGCAACACUUGCCAGGUGUUCAAAUAAACGCAAACAACAAGGCAGCGUUCCUGUUCUUCAAUGUGAUCUGCCACUAGACUUCCGCGGCCGGGCGCUACAAGGCUAUCAUAAUACCUUCUAUCCCAACACACACAGAGAAUCCGUUCAUCUAGUUCGGCCGCUUAAGAGAAUGAUCGCUAUGGUUCUCCAAAUCGAUGGAAAGAUUUACAUCACCGGACUUGAGUUUAUCUUUGACGGUAUGCCCAAUGUUCUUAUCGGCUAUAAGACGCCUGGGGCUGUAAUAAUAGACAGUAACACGCCGGAAUUGGUCAACAGAAGAAUGUAUAAGUAUCCAGGGAUAGGGUUUACGACAGAAAUUUCGUGCUUGAGAGGGUUUGGCAUACACAUCACACCUGGUGGCCUUCAUUUUAUGACGGUUAUCCAGGAAGACGUCACAUACUAUCUCGGUGGAAAUCCACCUCCCAGGGAGUCCCAAGAAUGUGAUCUCCGUUUGGAUGAGGUUAUGGAAGUGACCUUGGAGUCCGGGGUAGAGGAGAGAGGAAAGAUAGAGAUGGCAAAGAUCGAUGGGACAAAAUGGUUUGGCGUCGUCGCCGAAUGCGCCGUGGGAUUUACUGAGAUACUUUUUUUCGACUUCCUCUUACCGGAAUUCCUUACGGGGGGGUUCUUCGACACCUUUGUCACGAGCUCUACCUUGAGGUUUUCUAGCACUGGAUAG